AUGGCAGCUCUCACACAACCGAGCGGAGCGGAAACUGAUCACUGGUCCGCCGAGGCUUACCAUACCUCCGCGUCUUUCGUCCCCCUUUUGACCCAGAAGGUCUUGGCUUACAUUGAUCCCCAUUCAACGGAUCAGGUUCUGGAUAUUGGCUGUGGCGAUGGCAAAUUCACGGCGAAAUAUAUGGACCGAGUGAGCCAUGUGUUGGGCUUAGACGCUUCAAAGGGGAUGAUCGAAGCAGCGAAGAGCGAUUUUGGGCAGGCUAAUGCCGAAUUCAGGGUGGUUGACUGUAGAUAUUUGGAUAAAGAGUUGCAGGAAGGAAGGGUUGGAGUGGCCCAGUGGGACAAGGUGGUAUCCAACGCCGCCCUGCACUGGAUCCUAAAAGACCCAACCACCCGUGUUUCAGUGCUGAGAGCAAUAUACACGUGCCUCAAGCCAGGCGGCUUGUUCGUUUUUGAAAUGGGCGGCCACGGAAACGUCCCUGAAGUCCAUAGUGCUCUGAUAGCCGCUCUUGUCCACCAUGGCGUGUCCUUCAGUGCAGCUCGCGAGGGGAUUCCGUGGUUCUUCGCAUCGGAGCCAUGGAUGAGAGAGACACUGGAAGAGAUUGGUUUCAGAGUAGACAAGUUGGAGGUUGAGUAUCGACCCACGAAAUUAACGACGGAUGAGAAGGGCGGCAUGCAGGGCUGGUUAAGACUAAUGGGUGCUUCAGCCUUAGAAAUGCUAGAUGAAGAGAAGAGGGAAAGGGUAGUUAAGGAGGUAUGUGAGACUUUGGAAUCGGUGAUUACGAGGGAAGAUGGGAGUAAAUGGCUCGGGUAUGUAAGGUUAAGAGGAGUGGCAGUAAAAAGCGAACAGUAA